AUGAGUGGACGAGGGAAGACCGGUGGUAAGACUCGGGCUAAAGCCAAGACUCGCUCAUCCCGUGCCGGCCUUCAGUUCCCCGUGGGCCGUGUUCACAGACUGCUACGUAAGGGCAAUUACGCCCACCGUGUGGGAGCUGGUGCUCCUGUCUACUUGGCUGCCGUGCUGGAGUAUCUGACCGCUGAGAUCCUCGAGUUGGCUGGUAACGCCGCCAGAGAUAACAAGAAGUCUCGUAUCAUCCCUCGUCAUCUGCAGUUGGCCGUGCGUAACGACGAGGAGCUGAACAGACUGCUUGGAGGUGUAACCAUCGCUCAGGGCGGUGUGCUGCCUAACAUCCAGGCUGUUCUGUUGCCCAAAAAGACCGAGAAAGGAGCCAAGGCCAAAAUCUGGCUUAGGACCAAACUAAAUGGACGAGGGAAGACCGGUGGUAAAACUAGAGCUAAGGCCAAGACUCGUUCAUCCCGUGCCGGCCUUCAGUUCCCUGUGGGCCGUGUUCACAGAUUGCUACGUAAGGGUAAUUACGCCGAGCGUGUGGGAGCUGGUGCUCCUGUCUACUUGGCUGCCGUGCUGGAGUAUCUGACCGCUGAGAUCCUCGAGUUGGCUGGUAACGCCGCCAGAGAUAACAAGAAGUCUCGUAUCAUCCCUCGUCAUCUGCAGUUGGCUGUGCGUAACGACGAGGAGUUGAACAGACUGCUUGGAGGUGUAACCAUCGCUCAGGGCGGUGUACUGCCUAACAUCCAGGCUGUUCUGUUACCCAAGAAGACCGAGAAAGCAGCCAAGACCAAGUAA